AUCUGAUGGAAGGCGCCUUUGACGGCCAAACCGACCUGCUCAAGAAGCUGCUUGAGGAAGGAAAGAUCUUUUAUGACUUUUGCGACAAGAGCGGAAAUACCCCCAUCAGCGAGGCCGCUGCAGGCGGGCAAUGCGACUGCAUCAGGCUUCUCUAUGACUAUGGCGCCGACAUCAACCGCCAGUGCCAGUUCAAGCGGACACCGCUGUAUCGCGCCAUCUUUGGUGGGCACAUCGACGCCGUCAGGCUUAUCCUUGACCUCGGCGGCGACCCCCGAAUUCCAGACGAAGAGGGCCAAGCGUGUCUCAAGAUGCCGUGUCUUCCCGAGAUCGGCAAGAUUGUCCAGGAAUGGGACCUUUCCAAGACCGAUGCCCUUCUUCAAAAACUCGAAGGUGUCAAGCAGCUCAAGCAGAAAGAAUUGAUCGAGAAGCGCGCAACUCAAAUGUCCCAAUUGAACCAGGCGCUGGAGGACGCUCAAAAGGCACAUGCCAUGGCCCAACAAGAGCUGUCCUAUGUAUACUGCCAGCUCAAUAUCCGCAUCAACGAGCACGAUCUGCUCAUGAGCGAAGGCAAGGAUCUCUCCAUCAUCAAAACCGCCAUCCACGAAUACGAAGACAAGCUUGACCAUGCCCGGGCUGCUGCCAAAAAGGCCGGAGAUGCCCUUAGUGCAUGCAAAGAAAAGAUCGAGCUGCAGCAACAAACCGAUGCCGAGCAGACCGGAGCCCCGCCGGGCCAAGCUGCCCCCGAAAAGGGUAUCAAAUGCAACAUCAAGCAGCUCGAAGGGUUGCUGCUGAAGCCCGAUCCGAGAGGCGAGGUCCUGAAGAGCAACGGACAAUGGCCCCUGGUCGUUGAUCCCUCGGGACGGUCCGCCGUAUUUCUUAGAUAUGCAGACAGCAAUAUCUUGCAGGUAUUGAAUCCACAGCACAUGGAUGCCGAAAAGAUCCGCAUCGCAGUCAUUGGAUCCAUUCGAUACGGCAAGCCUCUGGUGAUCGACAUUUGCGAGGUCGAUGUCUCCAAGUCCAUCCCAGAGUACUUCAACCGGGUUGAGAAGGAUCUGUACGCCUCCAUUGUGUCCCGCAGCAUCCUGCAGAACGAAAAGUACCUCAGUUUGUGUCGCAAGGGAGACGGGGAUCAGUACAAGCGCGAGUGCUUCCAUCAGCGAUACGUCGAGAACUUCAAGUUCAUCAUCCUGACCACCAACCGGUUCCCCUCGGAGGACCUCGUCCAGGCCUUUUUCCCGGUUCGGGUGGUGUGUUGAGUGUCUGUCGUCGGGCUGGGCAGACCACGCUGAUGUCGCAACCUGGAAAUCCGUCGUUGAUUCACCGGCUGUGCCGAUCCAUUCGGCGGAGUGGGAUAUCUACAGCCGAUUCAGAAGAAUGCGUGUACCGACAUCAAGAUACUCGGCCUUCUCGAAUCACUUGGCUUCCCGGCACUGUGAGCACACCUGGAGAUCGAGUCGCUUGAAUCGCUGUCGCCUGGGUGGUGCCAUUCGCUUGCAGGGAGCCAUCUGUGCGAGAAAGCGUCCUUGAUUUACAUGCAGAACUCCGUCACUGAAUAGUCAUACCCGGCGCGAUAACG